UUGUCUGGUUGGCCAGCCUGGUUGCGUGGCCUACUGCUGACUGUGGUGGGAGACGCCUCUGGGAGGUGUGGCCGAGCGGCGUGUUGAGCGCCGCCGCGCGGGGCCGCCCCUCGCGGGGGCUCUGGGUACUGUAGUUCGUAGGUCUGCGGCCUGGCGGCGGUUUUCCCGGUACCCACCGAGCGCUUCUCAGGAAAGUCCGAUUCUAGGUCCCGUGCGCCCGCGGACUCGGAACGCUGCGCGCCCGGGCGGAGCACGCGGCACCGCUGUGAGGAGACGCGCCUCGGCCGUGGGUCGGGCCAGCGCUGCCUAGAACGGCCUCAGGCGCCGAGAGAACCGGGCAGAGAGACGGGCAGAGCCAGGCGCCUCGCCACCUGUCCCGGGGCUCGCGCUCCAGGAGUGGGGCCGCUUGCAGACCCCCUCAUCCCUGCCACCACCGCCAUUUGACAUCUCCUGCUCGUCUCCGCCUCAGUUCGUCAUGUCUCCGAACAAGAAAUCUAUAUUGUUCUCAUCUAUAGCCUUAAGUUAUGAACAACUGCAAGUCAUUUCUGGACAAAUCAUCUAUAUCCUUUUCUUCUUUUCUGUUGUGCAACAAAACAAAGCAAAAAGGCUAGGAUCUUCAUUGUAUUAGAAUUACUCAGAAUUCUGGAAACUUUCAUUACUACAUCUACAUACUGUCUACUUUCCUAGUGAGACUCUUGUCAUUCCUUAAUCAGAGUCUUUGAGGCAUAGGUGUUGGUUGUACAGAUACCUAUAUUUUAUUUCAGGGUUCAGUGACAUUCAGAGAUGUGGCCAUAGAUUUCUCCCAGGAAGAGUGGAAAUGGCUUCAGCCUGCUCAAAGAGAUUUGUAUAGAUGUGUGAUGUUGGAAAAUUAUGGCCAUCUGGUUUCACUGGGUCUCUGCAUUUCUAAGCCAGAUGUGGUUUCCUUAUUGGAGCAAGGGAAAGAGCCCUGGCUUGGAAAGGGAGGUGUGAGCAGAGAUGUCUUUUCAGUGUCAGAUGGGAAGAUCAAAGAGUUUUCCCCCAAAAAUGCCAUUCUCAAAGAUGCCUCAUCCAAGUAUUUGAUAAUGGAAAGAAUGUUAAGCCAAGACUCUAUAUGUUCUAACUUUAAGGGAAGCUGGAACUGCAAAAAUGGUACCCAGAUGCUGCAGAGAGACCAAGGGUGUAUAAGGCAAGUGACAGUCUCUCAUCAAGAAGUUCUAGGUCAAUAUACAAGUAUCAAUGCUGUAGAGAGGCCCUAUGGGUGCCAUGAAUGUGGAAAAACUUUCAAUCGGCGCUUCUCCCUUGUGUUACAUCAGAGAACUCAUACUGGAGAGAAACCAUAUGUGUGUAAAGAAUGUGGCAAGACCUUUAGCCAGAUCUCAAAUCUUGUGAAACAUCAGAUGAUACAUACUGGAAAGAAGCCCCAUGAGUGUAAGGACUGUAAUAAGACAUUCAGUUACCUUUCAUUUCUUAUUGAGCAUCAGAGAACACACACUGGAGAGAAACCUUAUGAAUGUGCUCAAUGUGGAAAGGCCUUUAGUCGAGCCUCAAAUCUCACUCGACAUCAGAGACUUCACCUAGGAAAGAAACAAUAUAUGUGUAGGAGAUGUGGGAGAGCCUUUAGCAGUGGCUCAGAACUCAUCCGCCAUCAGAUUACUCAUACUGGAGAGAAACCUUAUGAAUGCAGUGAAUGUGGGAAAGCAUUCCGCCGUUCCUCACAUCUUACUCGACAUCAAGGCAUUCAUACAACCAAAACCCCCUAUGAAUGUGAUGAGUGUAGCAAAGCUUUCCGUUGUCACUCAUUCCUCAUUAAACACCAGAGAAUUCAUGCUGGAGAAAAGCUCUAUGAAUGUGAUGACUGUGGUAAAGUUUUCAGUUGGCAUGGAUCCCUUAUUCAACAUCAGAAAAUUCAUACUGGAGAGAAACCCUAUGCAUGUGCAGCAUGUGAUAAAGCCUUUAGUAGAAGCUUUUCUCUCAUUCUACAUCAGAUAACUCAUACUGGAGAGAAACCCUAUGUGUGUAAGGUAUGUAAUAAAUCAUUCAGCUGGAGCUCAAACCUUGUUAAACACCAGCGAACACACACUCUAGAGAACCCCUAUAACUAUGAAAAUUCAUUUAAUAACCACCCAUUAUUUAAUAAACAACAGUGAAUCUAUUAGAAAAGCCUAAGAAUGUGUGGGCCAGUACAAAAAUAAAAUCUCCAAAGUAAUGUCUUACUUCAGAGAACUCUUGGAACAGAACCUUAUAGGAAUGUGUUGAAUGUGAAAGAAUGCAGCUCAGACCUUCUUCAACAUCAUGGAAAAAAACUCCAGGAAUAUGUGGGAAGGCUGUUAAUAGCUGCUCAUUCCUUAGCAACAUCCAAGGAAGAGAUCAGUAUUGAGAAGAUUCUUCAUUUGAAAGGAUUUCUUGCUCUACAUUUGUAAAUCCUUCUAGGAAAGUCAGUAUGCCAUAGAUAUGAAGAAGCUUUUAGUUAGAGACCAGCCCUCAUUCUGCAUCUCUUGGCUUAGCUGGAACAGAAUGCAUGAUAAGGAAGAGUUUAACCAAGGGGUACUCCUUGCAUACAUCAGAAAAUUCAUAGUGAAACAAAGUGACACAGUGAUUUGGGAAUGUCUUUUAUUUACCAUGCACUAUUUAAAUUUUAAAUACUCUUGAAGGAGAGAAAGCAGCUUUAAUAAUGAAUGGUGACUUUUCACAAUACUUCAAUACAUUCUUGAGAUGAUUAUAUUGGAGGGAAGUACCAUUGUGAUGUGCUACUAAAUUUUCAUAUUUCUGUGCACUUAUCCUGAGAAAAAUCCAUGUGGGAAAGGAUCUGAUUUCCAGAAGAGAUGGGAUAUUUUUAAGUGAAUUCAUGAAGGAAAAAUGAAUAAAUCUGUUGGCUUAUACUAAACUAAUUUUUGCUGGUUUCUUCCACAGCACAUUUGAAUGUGAAAAUGUAUCUGCCCCAG